CUCUACGCAAUACAGCAAAACUGACAAGUACACGUACUUUGGGUUUUUUUUUGACAGUUUUGUGAUACUCGAACAGUGUACGUUGUCAACUUAGUUACACACUCACUCACACUUUAACCAAAACACACAGAACCCAUUACCCCAAGUUCCCAACUGAACCAAGAAAAAUUCAAGAAUACCCACCGUAACAAAGAAACUGCUAGUUACUGCUAGAGAAACCCAGUUAAAAAAAAAAAGAUAUGCUUGAGACCGUGAAGUACCUAAUCGGCUCAGCCGGUGCUAGUGGCUACGGCUCAAAGUCCACGGCCAAGCAAGUCAGCGAAUGCGGUGGUGAUCUGAGCUCCAUCACAGCCAUCAUCACAGGGGCUACGUCGGGGAUUGGAGCCGAGACAGCUCUGGUUUUAGCCAAGCGAGGAGCCAGACUGGUUCUUCCGGCUAGGAGCCUCAAGGCCGCUGAAGAAGCUAAAGCUCGUAUCUUGUCGGAGUGUCCCGAGUCCGAGAUUUUUGUCAUGUCGCUCGACCUUAGCUCUCUCACUUCUGUCCGAAAUUUCGUCUCCGAGUUCGAGUCCCUCGAUUUGCCUCUCAGUCUUCUCAUAAACAACGCGGGCAAGUUUACUCACAAGCAUGCAAUCUCUGAAGACGGAGUAGAAAUGACCUUUGCCACUAAUUAUUUAGCUAAAAAGGCUCGUUCACCAGUUGCUGUGGACAUUGAAAGAGUCAAAACAAGGCAAAUCAAUCGAUCAAUAAGAGGAUAUACUUGUGACUUUUCUGUCUCUACUAACCUUCAACAUAAUUCUGCCAUAGAUGACAAAUUCUAA